AUGAAACCUAAAGGAAUUAGAAAGAGAAAAGUUAUUCCUUAAGAAGAUGAAGAUAAUUAUAGAAUUAAUCCUGAAUAAGUUAGAUAAGAUAAAAGAACUACUAUUAUGAUUAAAAAUAUUCCGAAUAAAUAUGAUUAAACGUCUUUAAUAGAAAAAAUUAAUAAAAGCUUUUUAAAUAAAUAUGAUUUUUUCUAUUUACCAAUAGAUUUUAGUAAUAAAUGCAAUAUGGGUUAUGCUUUUAUUAAUUUUAUUGAUUGCUCUUAUAUUAAAUAAUUUUAUGAAGAAUUUCAUAACUAAAAAUGGGUUCAAUUUAAUAGUGAAAAAGUAUGUUUAUUAUAUUAUGCAAGAUUACAAGGAUAUUAUGAGUUAGUUUAACAUUUUUCUCAUUCAAGUGUAAUGAAUUAAAAGGAUAAAAGACUUAAACCUAUUAUUAUUCCAUAAUAAUAAGUUGCUUAUAUUAAAUAAUUAAUUGAAAUUUAAAAAUAAAAAGAGGAAAAUAAAUAAUAACAGUAAAAAAUUCCUGUAUCUAAUAAUUAAUUAAAUACUACAAACAAAUGA